UAUAAUGAUUAUCAAAACACAUAUUCACGUGUAAAAGUGACAUGAAGUGUUUUGGCCAUUAAUAUUUUAUAUUAAUUCGUCGAAUUUAAACUUAGUUUUUCCUAAAAUUCAAAUUUAAUUAAAACAUUUCAUAAUGGUUAGCUCACUAUCCAAAAAUGAAGACCCAUUCAUUGAUGAGAACAUGGAGGAUAUUUCACAUGAGAAGCAUAAACAAUUAUUGCAAACAAUUACAUCUAAAACUAAACGAAAAAUACAGCCAACUACACGCAAUGAACCAAGUUUACAAGUUUCCGAAUUUCAUUUGUCCAGUAGACAACAAACAAAUGUUGAUGAUUUAUCAAAUGCUAUAAAAAAGAAAGCUCCUCAAAUUAGACAAAAAAUCCAAGUAGCUAAAUCAACUAAAAAGUUGCUGCAGAAACCUUUGGAUAAAGUUCAUGCUGAAAAAAUCAAAAGAGCUGUUGCUUAUGAUAAUUUCAAAAAACAUAUAAGUAGAUGGUCCGCUGUUGUUGAAAAAAAUAGGUCUGCUGAUCAGUUAAGUUUUCCUUUAAAAACCAGUGAAAUCGAAGUAUUUGAUAACCGUAUGGUUGACUUUACUAGAGGUUACUCUCGGCCAACAGAUUUACAAAAACAAAUUGCUAAUGUUCUACAAUCCAGCAAAAUUGUUAAAGAGAAGCAAAAUUCUUUAAAAAAUUCUUGGAUAGAAAAAGAAAAAGAAAAAUAUCCAUUAACACUGAAAGAGUUACUUGAAAAACGUAAAACUAUGGCUAAAUUCCGUGCUCAAGAAUCAUAUAGGCAUGCUAAAGCUCACAGACAAAAUAAAAUUAAAAGUAAAAAGUAUCAUAGAUUGUUAAGAAAAGAAAAAACUAAGGAUCAAAUCAAAGAAUUUGAAAAAUUACAAGACACUGAUCCAAUAGCUGCAUUAGAAAAAUUAAAUGCUAUUGAAAAAACUAGAGCGGAAGAACGUGCUAGUUUGAGACACAAAUCUACAGGUCAAUGGGCUCAAAAUCAUGUUGUUCGAGCAAAAUAUGAUAAAAACAGUCGUAUAGCUUUAUCAGAACAAUUAAAAAAAGGUAAAGAGUUAACACAAAAAAUUGGACCGACAAUAUAUGAUACAGAUAAUUCUGAAGAUUCUGAUGAGGAACAAAUUAAAGUAUCAGAACAUGUAAUUGAUCCUGACAAUCCAUGGCUAGCUGAACGAAAAGAAUUUACAGAUUUUAUGAAUGAUUAUAAUAAUUUUGUUCAAAAUAAUAACAAAACCUCUGACAAUAAUAGUCAAAAUGAAAAAAUUCAACAUAAAGAUAGCAUAUUUAUUGAAGGAAAAAAUAAGAAUACUAUUACUAAUGAACCUGAAAAUGUUGAAGAAGUCCAUACUAUUAAUAAAGUUAAAAAUAAAAACCAUAAAAAUAAAGUUAAACACAUCACAGUUCUUGAUCUUUCUAAAUUUAGUGAUGAAGACAGUGAUGUUGAAAUUCUAAAAAUUGCUAGUCCAAAAUCAAAAGUUUGUUCUGCUAAUGAUGUUAUCAAAUCUGAAUUUAAAACUAAUAAAGUUAAUGAAACUAUUGACAUUAAUUCUACUACAUCACAAAACAGUAGGAGUAAUAAUAACAAAGUAAUUCAUUCGGCUGUUGGAACUUGGUUUAUAACAUCAAAUAAUAUUGAAAGUGUUAAAUCAAAAAAAAAAAAAGUACAUAGAGAUGUUGAAAAUACUUUUAGAAUUGUCGAAACUGAAUUAAAAAAUAAAAUUGACAAAUCAUUAAAAAAUCUAAACAAAAUUAAAUUAAAACAGUCAACUGAAAUUGAAUCUGUUAAACGUAAAAAAGUAGAUAAUGAUUACUUAAAAAUGAAUAAAAAACGUGUUAAGACUGAAUUGAAUGAGCCUUUGCAUGAAGAUAAUAAAAUAUUAGAUAGAUAUACAGUAACUAAUAUAAUAGAUAAUCUAGAUCCAAGUAAUGUAAUUACAGAAAUAUCUAAAAAUCAAGUAAAGCAAGUACAGAAUAUUGAUCCAAAUGAAUUUUUAAAAGUGACACAAACUAGUUUAGAAACUGAAGAAAUGGCUCAGCUAGAAGAUCAUUUAGAUGAUAAAUAUGAAAACGAACAAGAAAAGUUAAUUGCAGAAGCAUUUGCUGAUGAUGAUAUCAUCAAUGAAUUCAAGGAAGAAAAGAAAAAAAUAGAAGAACAAUCUAAACCAAAAGUUGAAACAGCACUUCCAGGUUGGGGAAGUUGGGCAGGUCCUAAUAUCAGAAAACGAACAUUUAAGAAAAGAGCUAAUUCGGGCUUUUUCAGAACGCCUGCUAAACCUCCACGCAAAGAUUUUAACAGAGAAAGAGUUAUUAUUAAUGAAAAUGCAGAUAAUGCCAUUAAAUUACAUAUGGUAUCUGAAUUACCAUAUCCAUUCAAAGACGUUGAGGAAUAUGAAGAAACAAUUAAGGUCCCUAUAGGUCGAACAUGGGUACCUGAAACUACUUUCAAUAAACUUACAGCUCCACCUGUUGUUACUCAAAUGGGUCAAAUUAUUGAUCCAAUUGAUGAAAACUAUGUUGUUAAACUUAAAUUAAACGAUUGAUUUCUGUUUAUAUAACAUUACAUUUAUUUUAAAAAUAUAAAUAAUGUUAAG